AUGACAGCAAGCGAUCACAAAAACACAGAAAUGGUGAAAAGCGCACAAAAAUUCUAUAUCUAUUUCACUCCGUUCAUUUUAUCUGUUGGCAUCAUUGGUAAUUCCCUUUCUUUAACCGUGUUCAUGUCUCGCAGUAUGCGCCGUCUGUCAGCAAGUCAUUACCUUGCUGCGCUCUCUUUGGCAGAUAUUACCGCGCUUAUCUUCUAUGUGUGUGUUGAUUGGUUGAAACGAGGUCUGUCACUGUGGCCUCGUGGUGAAUAUCUUCACCUAUUGCACAUGGAAGGCUUCUGCCAGAUCUUCAUGUACCUCGGUUACGUGUCGCGUUUUCUAUCCGCUUGGAUAGUCGUGGCGUUCACAGUCGAGCGUUACAUUGCCGUCUGUCAUCCGUUCCGUCGUCACCAGAACUGCACAAUCGGAUCUGCAAAACGCAUUUUGCUUUUCGUUAUUUUAUCCUCUUUGGUUUUCAAUAUUUACAAGCCAGUAUUAAGUGGGAUACAUGAGACGUCAAAGGGAGGGCCGCGUAUUUGCACAGCUAAUCCCGACCAUAAUAUCAUCUCCUUUGUCCUUGACAAUGUGUUUGCGUUCUUUAUUACCCUCGUCCCGUUCGUGAUCAUCACGAUUCUAAAUUGCCUCAUCAUUCGGUGUUUGUACCGACGUAAUAAAAAACGUAAACGUGAUGCCCUGAUCACCGAGGAAAAUGUUAUUCGUCUCGAGUUCACUCUCAUUCUGCUGGUGAUCUCCUUCUUCUUUAUUGCUCUCAACCUGCCCUUCUUUGUCGUGUGGUGUGUCCAGUUUUCACAUGCAACGCUUAUCUCCAACAUUGAUGCAGCCGAACGAGCCAGUGUCGAUUUUGACUUCCUUAAGGGUCUCCUGUACAUCACCCGGACGAUUUUCUACAUCAACUACUGUGUCAAUUUUUUUCUUUACAGUUUUACAGGUGCUUAUUUUCGGCGGGAAGUCAAGAUGCUGUUUUCACGUAAGCGUUCUUUGCUCAAGCGUAACUCGUCUUACUUCAUGCGAAACCGGUUUAAAUCGCCGACCCGAUCGUUACAAUCAUCUUGGGUUUAA